AUGCCAUGUACUCGUUCUUCUUAUAAUACACAACUUAAAAAGAAUAGAGUUAAUAUUAUUAACUACAAGUUGAUCGACAGAAAAUACGAGAUACCUUUUACAGAUGAAAAAGGAAAAAAAGAUAUAAACGUUUACAUUGAUCUGUACAAAGAACAUAAAAAUAGAAGUUUAAAUAACAAAAAAUGUGAUUUAUGUGGCCAAAAACUGUUCAAAAAAUACUCUUCAAAUUAUUUGUGGAGACACAUUCCAUUUCAAUUGCUUCAGAAGUUAUAUAAUCAAAAGAU